AUGCAUAAUAAAAUUGUUAUACAGUCAGAUAAUUUGGUAGUGGCGAUUCAAAAACUUCGUAAGAUAAUUUUUGAUAAAUUUAGUGAAAGGGAUGCUAAAAUUUGGUUAAAACGGUUAAAUUCACAUAUUUGGAAAUGCAAUAACAUCAUUAAAGCUAAAAAGUUACCUAUUGGGACUGUUAGAAAGUUACAAACUAACGUAGGACAUUUUAAACAUUUUCGAAGAAUAAUUUUAAAUUUUAAUAGACAUGCUGGUCUAGGACUUAACUUAAAAUUACGGAAUAGAGUAAAAUGGGAAAAUGUCGUUUCAUGUUUUGCAAGCCGGAUUAAGACAGGGGUUAUAAUAAAUUUAUGUCAUAAGGACGUAGGACCGUUUUUGGAUGAUGUUUUUACCGUAUUUAAACAAAAAAUUAAAACUAUUUUGAAAUCUAAUAGAAUACUCAAAGUCAAUACUACUUUGUGCGGGGAAUUUAUUAAAAAGACAGGCGACAGUGAGAUUUUAGAUUUGAUAUAUUUUAACACUAAAAAUGUCAUUUUAGAUAGUUAUUCAACCGAUCUACACAUUUGGUUUAGUGAAAAUGUUAAAGAUAAAAUUUUAAAAAAGCUGUCAGAAUUUGCGGAAAAAGAUUCAGGUGCCGCUCUCUCUAGAGUAAUUUCGUUAGAGGUUAAUAUCAAUAAAGUAGAAAUUGGGAACGGGUCAUCGUACAUUAAACUUCCUGGGCAAAUUCAAAAGCGUCGAGCAUGUAUAAAUAUCAAAAAUGGUGAUCAAAAUUGCUUUUAUUGGUCGAUAAUUAGCUCUCUCUAUCCCGCUAAAAUAAAUAAAGAACUUACAUCGUCAUAUCCAUAUUACAGUACUGCUUUGAAAACGGAUGACUUGGAUUCUCCAAUGUCUUUAAGUCAUAUCACAAAAUUUGAAAAAGUUAAUAGCAUAUCAGUGAAUGUUUAUGCUUUGGAAUUAAAUCAAGUUAAGGAAAAACAAUUUUACGAAGUAGUGCCUGCUAGAAUUACGCAGAAAAAGCUUGAUAGACAUGUAAAUUUACUUUUAAUUCAGGAUAAAUAUUUUCCAAAGUUAAAUGAUUACGACGCGCUUCCUAGUGACGAUGAAAAUAUUGAAAUAAAUUAUCAUUAUUGCUGGAUUAAAGAUAUGUCUAGAUUGUUAAGUUCUCAGUUAAGUAAAAACACAAAUAAAAAAUAUAUUUGUGAUCGCUGCAUGAAUUAUUUUUCUAACGAGAAUAAACUAGCGGAGCAUGAAGAGUUCUGUAGAGACAUAAACAAAUGUAAAAUGACUGUCCCCAAAUACGAUUAUGUUGCUUUUAGAAAUUUUAUAUACAAACAAACUACUCCGUUUAUCAUAUAUGCAGAUUUUGAAUGUCAGUUACAUAAUUUUACAGAUUCUAAUGUAAAACUGAUCAAAACAGCAAAAUACCAAAAGCAUGUACCUUAUAGUGCAGGUUAUUACUUUACAUGUGCUUACGAUUAUAGCUUAUCUUAUUUUCGAAGCUACAGAGGUGAAAAUUGCAUGGAGUGGUUUGCAAAAGAAAUGUCUGAAAUAUCAAAAUUUGUCAAAUCUAAAAUAAAAUCAAUUGUACCUAUGGUUGAAAAGCCUAGUACAUGUGAGGCAACUGUCUGUCAUAUUUGUGAGAAACCCUUUUCGGCUACAGAUAUUAUUGUUGUAGAUCAUGAUCAUUUUACCGGACAGGCAAGAGGAUUUGCACACCAGGCAUGCAAUUUAAACUUUAAAAAGUUGUUUGUUGUACCCGUAGCCUUUCAUAAUUUUAGUGGAUACGAUUCGCAUUUCAUGAUUACCGAUUUAUGCAAACACGGGCACCUGAGCUUACUUCCUAUUAAUAAAGAAAAAUAUAUUUCUUUUACCCUACAUUCAGAUGAGCAUAAAAUUAGACUAAGAUUCAUCGAUACUAUAAGAUUUAUGGGAGCUUCACUCGACGAAUUAGCAUCACUUUUAGAUACUUCAGAAAAAAAGAUUUUAAAACAAGAAUUUUAUAGUUUAGAUGAUGAUACAUUUAGUUUAUUAACUUGUAAAGGAGUAUUUUGUUAUGAUUAUAUCGAUAGUUUGGAAAAAUUAGAGGAAACUUCUUUACCAACAAUUAGUCAUUUUUAUAAUAAAUUAUGUGAUGUACAUAUUAGCGAAGAGAAGUAUGCUCAUGCGCAGAAAGUUUGGUCUACAUUUAAGUGUAAAAAUUUGGGAGAGUACAGUGAUUUGUAUUUAAAAACAGAUAUUUUGCUUCUUGCUGAUGUAUUUGAACAAUUUAGACAAAAAUGUCGGGAUACGUACCAUUUAGAUCCUGCGUGGUAUUAUACCAUACCAGGAUAUACGUGGGACUGUAUGUUAAGGUAUACAAAAUGUAAAUUAGAGAUUUUAAAAGAUGUGGAUAUGAUUUUGUUUAUUGAAAAAGGCAUAAGAGGUGGAAUAUCUGUGUGUAGCAACCGAUUUUCUGAAGCUAACAAUAAAUAUAUGCCGACAUACGAUCCCACACAACCAUCUAAGUACAUUAUGUAUUUAGAUGUAAAUAAUCUGUACGGUUGGGCUAUGAGUGAAUAUUUACCUUUUGGAGGAUUUAAGUGGAUUGAAGAUGUUACCAAAUUUGGUAUUGCAUCUAAAUCCACUACUUUUCCCGAAGAUCAUAUUGAUAUUAUGUCAAUACCGAAUGAUGCGAAGGAGGGCUAUUUCUUUCAAGUUGACUUAGAGUAUCCACAUGAAUUACAUGACAAGCAUAAAGAUUUUCCAUUUGCUGCCGAACACCGCAUACCUCCCGGUUCAAAACUACCAAAAUUAUUGCCAACUCUUUUUAAUAAGUCAAAAUAUAUUAUUCACUAUAGAAAUCUAAAGCAAGCUUUAUCUAAUGGAUUAAUUUUAACUAAAAUACAUAAAGUUUUAAAAUUUAAUCAAUCUGCAUGGCUGCGACCCUAUAUCACGUUUAAUACUAACUUACGGGCCGCAGCUAAGUGUAGCUUCGAGAAAAAUCUAUAUAAAAUGAUGAACAAUGCUGUAUUUGGUAAGACUAUGGAGAAUAUAAGAAGACAUAGAAUCGUAAAAUUAGCAAAAAAUUGGAAUGGAAGAUAUGGAGCCAAAAACUUGAUUGCAAGUAUUCGGUUUCACAGUCGUACUAUUUUUAGUGAAAAUCUGGUAGCCAUCGAACUAACCAAAUCAGUAGUGUGCUUUAAUAAACCUCUGUAUAUAGGAGCAGCAAUCCUCGACAUAUCAAAAUUAUGCAUGUAUGAUUUUCAUUACUCCUUUAUGCUUCCAACGAUGGGAGAAGAAAAUUGUAUGUUAUUGUACAUGGAUACAGACAGUUUUGUAUAUGAAUUACGGUGUUCAGAUGCAUAUAAGGAGGUUUUAAAGACAUACAACUCUAAAUUUGAUACAUCUGACUAUUCAGAAAAUAACCCAUAUGAGAUAGAACGAUUAAAUAAAAAAAUCCCUGGUCUAAUGAAGGAUGAAGCCAAUGGAAAAAUAAUUACGCAUUUUAUUGGUCUAAGAUCAAAAAUGUACACAUUUAAAUUACAGACAACUGAGGAGGAGAGAGAAAAAGAGAAACAACGUUUAACACGGAAACAGCUAAACAAAGAACAAAUUGAUUGCGAUAUUCGAAAUUUAGGUAUAACCAAAAAAGCAAAAGGUGUAAAAUAUAAUGUAGUCAAAAAUAUAAUCACAUUUAAAGAUUUUGAAAAUUGUUUAAAAGAAUAUAAGAUUAAGAGCACAAAACAAAGGUGUAUUCGGUCAUAUCAACACUCAGUAUUUAGCAUAGAGCAAACAAAAACAGCCCUAAGUCCUUAUGAUGAUAAACGAUAUUUAAUACCAGAAUCCUUUAAGACUCUUCCCUGGGGACAUUGUGAUAUACCAUAA